CUGAAUCAAAAUGGCUCUACUUACGCCAACAACACCCUCUUCGGCGUUAACCGGUCCCAGUGAGCUUUGUGUGACGGCGAGUUUGAAAUCGUUCGAUCUGAAACACGGUUUCUGUCUUCCUGACGACACCAUGGACGUUUGUUACGGUGCAGUUCCGUACGGAUUAAACGAGCCAAAGCUCGAUCAGACAUUCUCCGUUGGUUCCGAGUGUGGUCAGGCCGGUUAUACACCUAUUUCAGCUCCACCGACGUUCGGAUUCACCGGAUGCAGUGAUUUCACACCAGCAGGCCAGUUCCAGCAGCCACAGGACGUGUACAAACAACCGACCGGGUUCUAUCCAACUCCACCGAAAGGAGAUGAUCUGUUCUUUAAGUUCGACCCCGAGUACAUCGAACGGCUGCAAUCUUCAUCAAGCAUUCUGCUUUCACCAGCGGCCACUGUUGCCUCGACACCGCUCACCUGUCACAGCCUGCUGAGUUGUGCGAGUAGCUGCACCACAACGACAGACUACUACAACUACAAUGACACGAACUGUCAGUCGAAGAACCAGUCCCCGUGUUCGUCGCCAUUUACCGGUGAUCCUUGGAUUGAAAGUGGCUUCUCGCUGAAUAUGAUGAACCUCAACGGGAGUGGUGAAUCCGUUGGACGUAACUCGCCUAAACGGAACAACGUCGAGAUGAUGGUCUGCAACGACUCUCCGGUGGGCAAUGGGACCUGCACAACACUGCCUUCGAUUCGGAGUGCCUUUGGUGGUGCCAUAAAUGGGCAGUUUGAGGGUGUGAGUUCGGUUGGAAAAUCAACCACCGAACCGGCGGUGAACUACAUGAUGGACUUCUUCGAUACCUCGUUUUUGGAGCAGUACGGCAACCGAUCUGGCAACUGUUGCGGAACUACGUCAGACACCUGUACGGAACCAGCGCCGGCAGGAUCAGACGCGUACAGUUACGCGUCAGAAAACUACUUCAAACCCACCCAAGCCACGGAAAAGCCAAACCGCGAGUUUAAGGACAUCUGGCGAGAAGACGACACACCAGAACCAUCAGUUCCGUUGGGUACGUUGCUAAGCACGAAACAGGAACCACUAGAACCGACGGACGAACUGGUCACCGACCCGGAGGAGUUGUUCUCAGCAACCUGCCCCAGAUCGUGCCUCUGGAGCGGCUGCAACAUGGAACUGAUCGGCCAACAGCAGCUGGUGGAACACAUCGAAAAGCAGCACGUGGAACCGAAGCGUGGCGAAGUGUUUGGCUGCCAAUGGCUCCACUGUCCUCGCCAGCAUCGACCCUUCAAUGCCCGGUACAAGCUGCUGAUUCAUAUGCGCGUGCACAGUGGCGAAAAGCCCAACAAAUGCCCGUUUCCCAGCUGCAGCAAGGCGUUCUCGCGGUUGGAAAAUCUGAAAAUCCACCAACGUUCGCAUACGGGCGAGCGACCGUACAACUGCCAGUUCCAGGGUUGCUUGAAGGCGUUCAGCAACAGCUCGGAUCGUGCCAAGCAUCAACGCACGCACUACGAUACGAAACCGUACGCCUGCCAGCUUCCCGGAUGUAGCAAACGUUACACGGAUCCUUCCAGCUUGCGCAAACACGUCAAGAACCACGGCGCUCGUCCUGCGGAGGUGACAAUGCGCAACAAAGUGGCACUCCCGCAGGAUGCACCUGCAGGACGUCGGCAUUCGGAACCAUCUAUGCCGACGGAUCUAGCGGAUCCUUCGUGUGGAGGCUUCGAAGUGACCGAUGCUCUUCAUAAACCCUCGAAUUUGGCGCAAGAGAAUGUGCCUAAUUCGUUCUCGGUGCAACGCCGACCAACGAUGGAUGACUUCAACGACUUGUCCAGCUGUUUGGUGAAGAUUCUGCAACAACCUGCUCCGGUGGUUGCCGAUGGCAAUGGAAGCGAGCUCGAGAACAAUCGAUAUUUGAUGGAAAAUUUGGGCCUUUCGUUUGAAAAUGACGCGUCUUAUGCCACGGAUGAUGGAGAAGGAUGUGCCAUGCUUGAGGCCGAUAUGAACGGUGGAAAAGGAUUGCCAUCGUUCGCGAGCGAGUUCGAUUAUUUCGGCACAGUUGUAUGA